AUGCUGACAGAUCGUCAAUCGUCUCAGGCCACUCCUGCCAGUAUGCUGUCAAUUGACGGCCUCACCAACAGUGUCUCGGAGUUUUCCCAUGAUCCAGAGAACGGCGUGCGGUUUAAGUCCUGCCGCACCAUCGCAUCUCUCAGCCUCCGGGUCACCUCGGAAGACACUUCACAGCAGCAGAGGAUGUAUACAACCGUCCUCAUCAAUGGUCAGGUAGUUCGUGUCCAGCUAGACACAGUCUCGGACGCAACCAUCAUCUCGGAAACUGAAUGGCGUUCCAUCGGAAGUUCUCCACUCAGGAACACCUCUGAAAAGGCAAUCAAUGCCUGCGGUGGUUAUAUCCUCAAAGCAAACCUGAACCUCCAUUUAUUUGACAUUCAAUGA